AUGGGGCAUCCGAGGCCCGAGGAUCUUCCCUCACCAUCAGAAGAUCCAGAAUGGAUUCGCAAUCCGAAGGCGACGCACUUCUUGUUCGGUCUGCUCACCAGCAUGUAUGUCCUUCUUCUCACUCUGGUUUCCUGCCUCAUUGCCCUGUCUUCUGCGUGGAGUUCUGCACACAUGUGGUUAGCUGAGACGGUGAGUGAGCGCGUCAAAUGGUCUGUCUCUAAUAUUCCCAUGCGCUCAGAUAUUCUCUCUCCUGAUGUAUCUCAUUGCCAUCGUUUUCUUUCUGUACACAUACCUCGUGGUAAUCUAUCCAAAGACCAUUAACACUAUAAUUCUGCUGCUGAAUACGAAAACGUCACUUGUUCCGAGGCCAGAUGUAAGUGAAAUUCAAAAAAUCACUAGUACUGUUUCUUCAGAGAUGGUUAAUAUCAGAGUCGGCGCACAAUGGGGAAGGGGCCGGAACUCUUUAUCUCCGUCUCGGUGCUCUCUGUAAGUGUUCCUCUUCUUUUUUCUAAACGAACUCUCUAAUUCACAGUGUUCGGAACUCUCGGAAGCGUGCUCUGGGGGUGUGAGAUCUACCUUUGUCUCUCUGGAGAAUGUUACCAUCGGUUCGUCGCUUCCAAGCACAUCGCCGCCAUCAUUUUCACAUUUCUGCAAAUGCAUUUCAUCGUUUGCAACUCCAAAAUCACUUUUCAUCGCUCCAAUUACCUGACGAGCUUCGGAAUGAUGCACUGUGUGGCUGUCAAUCUUUGGACUUGGUUCUCAAUGUGUUUGGUGAAGGCGGUAGGUGAAGAGAGUCGGAUGUGGAUAUGAAAUUGGAGAUUUCAGCAAGUGAAGAGGCUGAAGAAGGAGAAGAAGAUGCUCGAAUAUGAAAAUGUCACUUUUUCCUCUUCAUCGUCAUCAUCUUCUUCAGAAGAAGAGGAAGAAGGUACCAUCGAGGCCACCACAAUCAUCGAACACCUUCUGGAAGCUGUGGUCGAGAAGAUGAAGCCCGUCACUUUUGCGCAAUCUUCGUAUUCGUCUCCAAAUUCCUCCUACGACGUCGUUCACCUCAGAAUGCAAUCGAUGUCUCGAUUGGGGGACAUUUCCAGUUUCCUGCUCACUUGCCUCGUCGAGUAUUCGCUAAUCGGCGCGGCCGUAUGUUUUAUCAUCUGGAAGUACAUGGGAGAGACGAAUGUAGAGGCACUGAAAACGGAUAAAAAGAAGAAGAGGCUGAGAAUGGACUGCCGGAGCACCACAGUCGGUCUGUUCGCCGGUAUCUGCAUCAUGGCCGCUGCAUUCGUCACAAUCGGAAUCCAUACAAUGUUAUGCAAUAAGAAGAAGCAACAGAAUGCGGAUUUGGUCAUCGGAACCGUCAAUUUGAUUCUCUGCUGUGUGGCUUUGAUUGCAACUGUAUUCGGAUUUUGGAGGUAGGCUUCUACGACUGAAAACUUGAAAAACAUGUGUUCUUCAGAAUGCGUGUCCUCCAGUAUCGUCGUCAUGCGCACGGCGAAGUGAUCGACGAGAUUCUACUGAUAAUCGGUCUCGUCGGAGAGCUCAUUUACUGCUCCAUCGGCUUCGAUAUGUUCAUAAACAGCCGCCGUCUCAACCGACCGUGCCCAGCCUUCCAGUGGCCGUGUUCACUGUCCGAAUAG